GAAAGGAGCGCGGUAUCCGGUGGCUACGCUAAAGAUGGCGUCAGAGAGAUGGCUGAUGGCGGAGGGUGCCGUUACUGAUACCAAACGUGCUUAGAGAUUUGAAGCCACAAAAAGGCUCCCUGCCGCCCUCAGAGAUUCCCAGUCUCUUGGCGAGGAGUCCCCUUUUUUCUGCCUUUCUAAAUAACAGCGGAUUAGCUGGUGCGCGACCACGGAUAGAGGCAAAGUCGCGGGUUGUUGACGUCACAACUAAGCUUGCCGGCGCCGAAGCGGUUUCUAAUGAGAACCUUUAGAAAAGAUUUAUUCUAAGAAAGGGAAUGAGCCGCGAGACACUCCAACUGCCUGGAAAAAGCAAGUUUUGUCUGGCAAAGUUCUCGGUUCAAGCGGCUCACCACUGCGACCUAACGGUCCCUUACCCUACGGUGCCAGGACACUGCGCUUGCGCGACCUCCUGUCAAACGCUCUGACGGAGGCCGACAGGAAAAAAGGCGGGAGCCGCUAAUCCCGGGUGGAGCAAAAUGGCGCGGGAGAGCGAGAUGCAGGAAUUCACCCGUAGCCUCUUCCGAGGCCGCCCUGACCUCAGCACGCUCACACACUCCAUCGUGCGGCGGAGGUUUUUGGCUCACGCGGGCCGCGACCAUCUGGAACCCGAGGAGAAGCAGGCGCUGAAGCGGCUGGUGGAGGAGGAGCUACUGAAGAUGCAGGUAGAUGAAGCAGGAACCAGGGAGAAGCUAGACCUUAGGAAGAAGGUGAAGAGGCCUCCCACUCCCUGCAGCGAUCCAGAGAGAAAAAGGUUCCGCUUCAAUUCAGAAUCAGAGCCCAACUCCACAGCCUCCAGUCCAGAGUGCCUUGGGCCCCCUCCAAAGAACGGGAUGGCAGCAGCAGAAGUCAGCUCAGCCGAGGAGGAGAGUCCAAGGCGAGCCUCAAAGAAAGCAAUUGAGGAGAGCAAUGAUGAGGAUGAACAGCAGAGGGAUCCGACUGCAAAGGCAGGAUUAGAGAAGGAGGUGGUGAAGGAGAAUAGUGAGGAGGAGGAGGGCUCUGUCAGGAGUAAUGCCUGGGAGGAAGAGAGCAGUGAGGAAGAGGAGGGGAAAGAGGAGGAGGAAAGGGAGGAGAAGGGCAGGACUUCGAAGAAAACUGUGACAAAGAAGAAACAGGUGCCAGGCAAGGCUUCAGCCAGUAGGAAGCAGGCCAGGGAAGAGACUGAGGACCAUGAGGAGGAACCUGCCCAGAGGGCAGGAAAGAAGCGGGAGGGAAAGCAAAGUGCUAAAAGCCACCAGGAAAAUAAAAGAGAGAGUGAGGAGGAGGAGGAGACCCCAACCAAGAAGAAAGAGAACAGAGAGGAAGAGGAGGAGGAAGAGGACUGGAAACCCAGAGCCAGGAGUAAUGGAGGGAAAAGGCCAUCUUGGGAGGAGAGGAGCUGUCAGCAGAAAGGCAGGGUAGGGAAGCUGAUGGGAGACUUGUGGAGAGGGAUAGAAAAAGAGGCAACACACAGCGGGGAUGACAGCGACGGAGAUGAAAAACCCCUGGUGUGGAGGAAGAGCAAGGAAGGGACCCAGUGCAACAGCGGGAAAAGGCAGAGUGGAAGCAGCGAGGAGGAUGGGGAAGACAGCUGGAGAGAGGGGGAACCAACUGCAAAAGGCACUAGAAAGGCAGUCAAAGCAGGCACUGUCAUCGAUGAGGAGAGUGACUUGGAGAGGGAGGUGAGUGACAGUGAGGCAGGGGGCAAGGCCAAGGAGGAGAGGAAGAAUCGCUCUUCCAAGAAGAGCUACAAGAAAGGCAGGACACGAAGCUCUUCUUCCUCCUCCUCAGAUGGAAGCCCAGAGCCCAAAGGUGGGAAGGCUGACUCUGGUCGCCAUGGUGAGGACCACCCAGCUGUAGUGAGGCUAAAGCGCUACAUCCGGGCCUGCGGCGCCCAUCGCAACUACAAGAAGCUGCUGGGCUCCUGUCGCUCGCACAAGGAGCGCCUGAGUGUCCUCCGGGCAGAGCUGGAAGCUCUGGGCAUGAAGGGUAACCCUUCCCUGGAGAAGUGUCGGGCCCUGAAAGAACAGCGGGAGGAGGCAGCCGAGGUGGCCUCCUUGGAUGUUGCCAACAUCAUCAGCAGUUCAGGCCGGCCACGAAGACGCACAGCCUGGAACCCUUCAAGAGAAGCAGCCCCUCCAGGGGAGCUGUACCGCAGGACCCUGGAUUCAGAGGAAGAGCUGCCCCACCCCCCACCCCCAGACUGGUCACACAUGCGCGGCAUCAUCAGUAGCGAUGGGGAGAGUAACUGAGCUCCCCCCACCCCCAGGAGAUUUGCCCACUUGUACAGAGUGCGUACAGCGGCCCCAGCUCUGUGCCUGCACGUAGUGGAAGCAGCUUUCUCUGGAGGAGACUUGUAGCCAGCCCCCAGAGACACAAGUUGUUGGGACCCUAUUUCUUGGCUUCACGUUCUCAGUUUAGGGUAUUUACAGGGGCUUAUUUCUUUAAAACUUAAUAAAGGAGUGUUUGUAGUUGUCUCAUCAAAACUGGUCCCACACUCUUGCCCCCUAUCCCCUGGGCCAGGACUUCAGUUGUCCAGACUCCCAGGUUGUCCAGGGAAGGCUACUCUCCAACUUUGCCAUCUAGUCUGCCACAGGGCCGCAUCCAAGGAGGGCGUGCCCCCCUGCUCUGCAGCCUGCUCAGGGGGCUCUCUAAUGACCCUGCUUUUGGCUCUAAAGACCUACUGCCUAGCUGAGAGGAGGCUCUGAGUAACUGGCCUUAGGAGGUGUGUGAGGCACACAUGGCUUGGAGGCAGCUGGUGCUUAUGUCUUCCUUUCCCCUCCUUUGGGAAACAGCCCCUCAGCUCACAGGCUGACUACUUACAGCCUAAAAGGGGUGAUGCAGGACCUCGACUUGACCAAGCAGUGCUCCCCAUGCCCCUGGCCACAAAUAGAGCAGCCGGGAAGUUGCCUCAGGACCUUGCUGGGGCUCUUUGUUGAGGUUGCUGGUAAGAUGGAAGCUCAGAGUUGCCAGGUGCCUGUGCAUGAAGUGAAUCUUCUGAGAAUCUUUGAAGCCAAAGUUUCAAAGGAAAGCAGGGGAAUUAAAAGUCAAGAGGUUGAUGACCUCCACUGAGGCCCUGGGUCCAGUUACGUGUGAAGUCAACAAAAUCACUGAAUUUUACACAGCCCAACAAAUUCUCUUUUUAAGUACAAGUAAACUAUCACUUGCCAUUGAAACCAUCCUUAGUACACAACUUAGACAGAAAGGGAGAGUCCUGGGGUCUGUUAGAAUAACCAACAGUUUAUUAAAAGCUUGCCCUGGGCCUCUAUGCCAGCCCCAUAAACUAAGGGGGCUCCUAUGACUGCCCCAGGCUCGGGAGCAGUCACUUCCAAGGUCCUUCCUUGUUCCCCUGCCCCAGCCCUGAUCCCAAUUAAAA